UGGGUAAACUGAGAGCCCAAGAAGUCAUGCCUUGCUCAUGGUCCUAUUGAUACAACUGGAUUUGAACCUGGGUCCUCUCACUCCAAAUCCAGCAUACUUCCCACUGACUGCAUUUCCUUGCUGGAAUCCAGCCCUGAUGCCAUCUGCUGAGAUGACCCCCUUUUCCAAGUUGCCACUGGUGUUGCUGCUGCUGCCUCCUAUCUUGACCGGCACCAAAGCUCAGGUUAAUCCAGCCGUAUGCCGUUAUCCUUUGGGAACAUCAGGAGGCCACAUUCCAGAUGAGGACAUCACAGCUUCCAGCCAGUGGUCAGAAUCCACAGCUGCCAAAUAUGGAAGGCUGGACUCUGAAGAAGGGGAUGGAGCCUGGUGCCCAGAGAUACCAGUGGAACCGGAUGAUCUAAAGGAGUUCCUGCAGAUUGACCUACGGAAUCUUCAUUUUAUUACCCUUGUGGGGACCCAGGGACGUCAUGCAGGGGGCCAUGGUAAUGAGUUUGCUCCUAUGUACAAGAUCAAUUACAGCAGAGAUGGCACGCGUUGGAUCUCUUGGAAAAACAGGCAUGGAAAACAGGUGCUGGAAGGAAAUAGUAACCCCUAUGACAUUGUCCUAAAGGACCUGGAACCACCCAUUGUAGCCAGAUUUGUCCGUUUCAUUCCAGUCACCGACCAUUCCAUGAAUGUCUGCAUGAGGGUGGAGCUCUAUGGUUGCGUCUGGCUAGAUGGUUUGGUGUCUUACAACGCUCCAGCUGGACAGCAGUUUGUACUUCCUGGUGGUUCCAUCAUUUAUCUGAAUGAUUCUGUCUAUGAUGGAGCUGUUGGGUACAGCAUGACAGAAGGUCUGGGACAACUAACAGAUGGCGUCUCUGGCCUGGACGAUUUCACCCAGACCCACGAGUACCAUGUCUGGCCUGGCUAUGAUUAUGUGGGUUGGAGAAAUGAAAGUGCCACCAAUGGUUACAUCGAGAUCAUGUUUGAGUUUGACCGGAUUAGGAAUUUCACCACCAUGAAGGUCCACUGCAAUAACAUGUUUGCUAAAGGGGUGAAGAUCUUUAAGGAGGUUCAGUGCUACUUCCGUUCAGAGUCCAAUGAAUGGGAGCCCAAUGCUGUCUCCUUCCUCCUGGUCCUGGAUGAUGUCAACCCAAGUGCCCGCUUUGUCACAGUGCCUCUUCUUCACCGGAUGGCCAGUGCCAUUAAAUGCCAGUUCCACUUUGCUGAUACCUGGAUGAUGUUCAGUGAAAUCACCUUUCAGUCAGAUGCUGCGAUGUACAACAAUUCUGGAGCCCUUCCCACUUCCUCAGUGGCACCUACCACUUAUGAUCCAAUGCUCAAGGUGGAUGACAGCAACACCCGCAUCUUGAUUGGUUGUCUGGUGGCCAUCAUCUUCAUCCUUGUGGCCAUCAUUGUCAUUAUCCUCUGGAGGCAGUUCUGGCAAAAAAUGCUGGAGAAGGCUUCCCGGAGGAUGCUGGAUGAUGAAAUGACUGUCAGUCUUUCCCUGCCUAGUGAAUCCAGCAUGUUCAACAACAAUCAUUCUUCAUCACCUAGUGAGCAGGAGUCCAACUCCACUUAUGAUCGUAUUUUCCCCCUUGGUCCUGACUACCAGGAGCCUUCCCGACUCAUACGGAAACUUCCUGAAUUUGCUCCAGGAGAUGAGGAGGCAGAUGACUACUUGGGGAACUCCAAAGAACCAGGCUCCAUCUCUCUCAUCUUUCCAGGCUGCAGUGGUGUAGUGAAGCCAGUUCAGCCAAAUGGCCCCGAAGGUGUCCCUCAUUAUGCAGAAGCUGACAUUGUGAACCUGCAAGGUGUGACAGGAGGCAACACCUAUUCAGUACCUGCAGUUACCAUGGACUUACUCUCAGGCAAAGAUGUUGCUGUAGAAGAAUUCCCCAGGAAACUCUUAACAUUCAAGGAGAAGCUGGGAGAAGGCCAGUUUGGAGAGGUUCAUCUCUGUGAAGUGGAGGGCAUGGAAAAAUUCAUGGACAAAGAUUUUGCCUUAGAUGUCAACACCAACCAACCUGCCCUGGUGGCUGUGAAAAUGCUCCGAGCAGAUGCCAACAAGAAUGCCAGGAAUGAUUUUCUCAAAGAGAUAAAGAUCAUGUCCCGGCUGAAGGAUCCAAACAUCAUCCGGCUGUUAGCAGUGUGCAUUGCAGAAGACCCUCUAUGUAUGAUCACUGAGUACAUGGAGAAUGGGGACCUCAACCAAUUCCUUUCCCGACACGAGCCCCAGAACCCUCCCUCCAGCAAUGCACCUACUGUCAGUUAUAUAAACCUGAAGUUUAUGGCCACACAGAUAGCAUCGGGAAUGAAGUAUUUGUCCUCUCUAAAUUUUGUCCACCGGGACCUGGCCACACGAAACUGUUUAGUGGGUAAGAACUACACCAUCAAGAUAGCAGACUUUGGAAUGAGCAGGAACCUGUACAGCGGAGAUUACUACAGGAUCCAAGGGCGGGCAGUGCUCCCUAUCCGCUGGAUGUCUUGGGAGAGUAUCUUAUUGGGCAAGUUCACCACAGCAAGUGAUGUAUGGGCUUUUGGGGUGACGCUGUGGGAGACCUUCACUUUUUGCCAGGAGCAGCCGUAUUCCCAACUGUCAGAUGAACAAGUCAUCGAGAAUACUGGAGAAUUCUUCCGAGACCAAGGGCGGCAGACAUAUCUCCCACAGCCUGCAAUUUGCCCUGAUCCUGUUUAUAAGCUGAUGCUCAGUUGCUGGAGAAGAGACACCAAAAAUCGCCCCUCAUUUCAAGAAAUCCACCUUCUGCUUCUCCAACAAGGAAAUGGAGAGGAGUGACGCUGUCAACUCUGGAGCACCUCUGAUGGUCCCCAAUCCUCCCCUUAAAACCCACCACUUUUCCAAAUCUAAGCCACUUCACUUGGACUUUUAAUGGAUCCUGGGAGGCGGAGGUUUCUUUGUUUUCCUCCUUUUUUAUUUUUUACAUUAAAGAGCCAAAAAAGAAAAAAAAAGUCUAGAUCAGAGGGAAUCUUGGGAAAAAGAAAAAGAAAUCUUAUCUGACACAUGGGAGUUGGAUGACAAAGGCUAGAAAAUUCAAAUAAUUUAUAAAUGUUAAAUAUGCUUGUUUAUAAAUGUGCAAAUUCUGUGAUUUAUUUUCUGAGUUCCCAUUUUUAAUAACUGAUUAACAAAUCAGAACAGAGAAAGACUUGAAGGAUACUGAUAUUGUGGGGAAUGCUGUGGGGAUGUGUUUAAGCCAGAAGUUUGAGUGAAGUAUUAGAUCAUGUGAUAAUGGCCUUUGAGUUCUAAUGAGACUUCUCCCAUAAACUCAUUAGUUAACUUGGGUCAGUAAGUGAAUGUUUCUUCACAGCAUUCUCAUAUAUAGGAAUGGUUCUGAUAGCAUACUUGUGAACACACACUCACAAACACAUAACAUACACAGACAAAGAGACACAAAAACACAAGCACACAUACACACACCCCAGUGAGGACCCCAGGUCCUAUGGUGAUAGAGGUUCUCUUCCCACAAGAGUCACUGGAAAAUAUCAGCAUGGUAGGAAAAAUCCAAGGGGAAUCAGGCAGGUAAGAGAAUUUGCUGUAGGUGAAGUAUCCUUUGCCAAAAAGGGAGAGUAGGAAGUUGCAAGUAAAGAGGGUUGGUGAAUGUAAUCUCUACAGUGUGAAACAGCUAUUUUUAGUUCCAAUAGGAGCUCCUGGACACUAUCUUUCUCUACAGUUUAUUUAAGUAUAUUCAGAUUUGGCUUUCCCCAAGGAAGGACUUAAUUUUAAGUAAGAUUUAAGGCAUAUCUUGGAGUAGUAGAUUAUGGCUGAACUGUUGUUGUAGAAUUUUAGCUACGGAAGGAGAUUUGGAAAUCAUUUGGUCCAAGUUCCAGGGAGCUAUUAGAGGUGGGAUCCCAGUCACCAUUUCCUGGGAAAGUUGUGAGCUGAUAUUUGGCAUUCUGGUUCUUUAUUCAUUGAAUUCCUCAUUUGCUGUGGAUUCCUUUUAUGGAUAGAGCUUCUUUUAGACUUUUAGAAAGUGGCACUUAUCUGAAGCAGUACAAUGGGAAAUAUGCUUUAUUCUCUUCUUUACAGUGUCUCUGAAACCUUGUUGGACUUGGUAUAGCCAGCAGGAAAUGAAUCUCCAUUGGACAAUUGGGUUAUUAUUUAAAUUAUCUAAACUUUGUGUUAUAAUGAUCUCAGAGGUGACUCUGGAUAUUCACAAACCCCAGACUCUUCAACCCAACAGAAAAACUUUCAACUAAGAAUACUAGGAGAGACAUAAAGAAUUUCAGUUGAGCUAUAUAAUUGGGAAGGGACAGUAGGGGGUUUUCUCCAGGGUGAUGAAUUUUGGAAGGAACCAGAAACAUUUCCCCAGAAUACACUUUCUCCCUAUCCCACCCCCAGGAAUAAGAUUGCAGGUGAGAUAAUCCCUACCUAGCCCACUCUCAAAGACCUGCUUUAUCCUAAUGCUUUCUCUCAAGAUUGGCCACAACUUGCCCUCAGGCCAACUCUUCCCACUUCUCCAGUAGCAAGCCUAUCCUUUAGCCACACAAAAACCUCUUGUCUUCUGGAAGCACUUCUAUUCCCUGCAGCUGUAUUCCAUGUGAACUUCUUUUUUUUUUGCCCUAGGCCUCCCAACGACUUAAUUACUGCUCUGGAUUUCAGAACAUAUUUUCCAAGCCAAGGAGCCAAGCCACUGUCUCACAGCUCCAGCCACCCUCUAUAUCCACUUCAAACAAUCCUUUAAGGUUCUGAUUCCUUUCCCCAAGUCAGUUUUCAGAACCACUACCGGGGCAAACUUGAAGAUUGAAAUCCUAGGUUCUCUGCUUUAAUCUAUUGCCCCUAAAAAAGGUACCUAUUUUCUGUCUCAGCUUUCAUGUGACCAGGUUCAUAAGGUUUUUUCCUUCCUUCCUUCCUUCCUUCCUUCCUUCCUUCCUUCCUUCCU